UCUGGAUUGGUCAAGAAGGGACAGCCUGCUGGGAAAGAUCCUCUAUAUAUUUGUGAGACAGUUUUAAAGUUUCCAGAGACUUGUUCUGCUGUUAAGAAGUUGUGCUCAAAGCCAAGGAUCCCAGCCACUUGCCAAAAUGUGCAAAGGACUUGCAGCUUUGCCCCACUCGUGCCUGGAAAGGGCCAAGGAGAUUAAGAUUAAGUUGGGAAUUCUCCUCCAGAAGCCAGACUCGGCUGAUCUUGUCAUCCCUUACAACGAGAAGCCGGAGAAGCCAGCCAAGGCCCAGAGACCCUCGCUGGAUGAGGCCCUGCAGUGGCGUGAUUCUCUGGACAGACUCCUACAGAACAAUUAUGGACUUGCCAGUUUCAAGAGCUUCCUGAAGUCUGAAUUCAGCGAGGAAAAUCUGGAGUUCUGGAUUGCCUGUGAAGAGUACAAGAAGAUCAAGUCCCCUGCUAAGAUGGCUGAGAAGGCCAGGCAGAUUUACGAGGAAUUCAUCCAGACUGAGGCUCCUAAGGAGGUGAAUAUCGACCACUUCACUAAAGACAUCACAGUGAAGAACCUGGUGGAACCUUCGCUGAGCAGCUUUGAUGUGGCCCAGAAAAGAAUCCAUGCUCUGAUGGAAAAGGAUUCCCUGCCUCGCUUUGUGCGCUCUGAGUUUUAUCAGGAGCUUAUCAAGUAGUAACUUGGUCAGGCUCUGAACAUCAGCCAGUGAGUUAGCGCCUCCGUCAUCACCCCAGGUUCCGCCGUAACACCGUAGCUUCCCAUAGCAGCUUUGCUUGAAGAUAUCUACGAGGAAACUUCCCGAGAAGUGUUGCUUAUUUUUCCUACCUUGUGUUGGAUGUUUGCCCAUGGUCCUCAUGCUCUGUUCUUCCUGCCCCAGUGUUAUUUGAACCCUAUGCAAGUUUG